ACCAGUUUGUCGGGCAUGUAUGGGUGAGACGAGGUAGAGUAAGGUAAGCCACUGUACACUACUUUUGGAGCGACAUCCCCGAGUUCUGCGAAGUCCUGGGCCAACUCCGUUCUCACCUUCACCCUCACUUCUUUUCAUACAUUCGUUUGGCAGGUUUGACACCUGUGCCGCUCCUUUAUUUGUGCCUUUCUCUCCGUGAAUAUAUUCCCGUCACUCUUUUUCUUGUUGCCUCGUUGAGAAAUCGCUCUAUCGCUGCCCAAGUCUCGUGCUCCAGCAGUAUGCAGUAUCUCCUUGGCCUCGCUGCUUUGCUAGCAGCUCCCGCAAGCAGCACCUUCGUCGUGCAAUGUUACUCUCGUCUUUUCGAUCAGCGAGCCGAUCCCGUUGUCAACCCGGGUGUUGCUUCUGGCCAUGUGCACACCAUCACCGGCGGGUCAGGCUUCAACUUCUCCAUGACAUAUGACGAUGCUCGGGCUUCAUCUUGCUCUACUUGCAACAUCAAGCAAGAUCUGUCCAACUACUGGACCCCGAAGCUCUACUUCAAAGCACAGAAUGGCAGCUUCCUCGACGUUCCCAUUGUCGGCGAUACCGAUGGCGGCCAAAUGGGCGGCAUGGCAGUAUACUACUUGACGCGACCCGGUCCCGACAACGACAAGCUCACCGCAUUCCCCAAAAACUUCCGCAUGCUCGCCGGCGAUCCCAUGAAGCGCAACGAAACCGACGACUUCGCCUCGCGCGCCGUCUCCUACAAGUGCGUCUCCGCCACCAACGAUAAAGCCGAUAUCCGCCACCUGCCCACCGACAAAUGUGACCAGAUCCGCGCCCAGGUCACCUUCCCCGCGUGCUGGGACGGCAAAAACACUGACUCGGAGGACCACAAGUCGCACGUCUCGUACCCUGAGGAGGGAAACUACGACGGCGGCCGCUGCCCUAAGACCCAUCCCGUGCACCUCGUCACCCUCUUCUCGGAAGUCUACUACGACACCCGCGGCUUCCAGGACAUGUGGUACGGCGACCAGCAGCCAUUCGUGCUUGCCAACGGCGACGCAACGGGGUACGGGUACCACGGCGACUUCGUGAACGGGUGGGACGUCGAUGCGUUGCAGAAGGGUCUAGACAUGUGCCCGGACGGCGUGGAGGACUGCGCGCAGAAAGCCUUUGGGGAUUUUAACUCCCCCGAUGAGACGAAAGAGUGCAAGUUGCCCUCCAUGAUUGACGAGCCUGUCGCGGGCGUCCUCGAUGCGUUGCCGGGCUGCAAUGAAGUCUCCUACGGACCCGAGCCUGCCACCAAGACGGAGAACUGCAAUGCGCCGAAGCUGGAGAGCACGUUGAGCCCGAAACUCGCUGGCUAUGUGGAUGUUACGAAUAAGGGGUUCAAGUACAUCGGCUGUGGAAAGGACAAUGCGCUGGAGAGGACGCUGAGUGAGGAGCUGUUGACGGGGGAUGACAUGACGGUGGAUAAGUGCAUCGACUUUUGUAAAAGCAAGUCCAAGUCAUACGCUGGGUUGGAGUACUCCGGCCAGUGCUACUGCGGCAGCGCCGUUGCCGAUGACCGGGCACCGGCGUCUGCUCGUGGAGUGGGUAACUGCCUGAUGAAGUGUUCCGGCAACCAGGAGCAGGUCUGCGGUGGCAACGAUGCUAUCAGCCUGUAUGAGGCCUGCUCUGGAGGUGCCUGCACCAAUGCCGCUAAGCGUCACAGCCGCAGACUUGCGAGCAUGGAGGUUGCGCGUGCAGAUUCGGCGGCUAGGGGGAUGUGAAGGGAUAUGUGAAUUCCUGUUCCUGGUGCGUUACUGGAUUUGCUAUGAUUCGAUGGAAGCCUUUAUUGUAUUCGCUUCUUGUAUAUAGUUAUCAACAGACGACAUUG